UAAACCUUCCCCUUAAGUGCCUUUGUUCAAUGUCAACUAAGUUAAGCUCACCAUGAAGGAAUCCCACAUUGCCAUUAUCAUUAUACUGCACCUAUUUUUCUUCCAUUUAACCACUUGUGAUUUAAUUAAUGGCCCUUCAGAUAAAAUCCUCCUAAACUGUGGUUCUUCAGGUGCAUCACCAUUCAAUGGUGAAAAUUGGAUAGGUGACAUUGGAUCUAGUUUCUUGCCUUCAGAGUAUGAGAAGAGUUCAUCUACACGCUUGGUCUCAAACAUAAACUCUUUAGCACCAAAAGUCCCAUACUCUACAGCAAGAAUAACUCAUUCUCCAUUGAUCUACUCAUUCCCCUUCUCCCCUGGCCUUAAAUUCAUUCGUAUAUACUUUCUCUCAUCUUCACAUUUGAUGAUGAAACCCUCCAAGGCUUACUUUUCUGUCAAAGUUGGUCCUUACACUCUUGUUAGUAAUUUUAAUCCAUCUAUUGCUGCAGAUGAGCUUGACUUACUGUCUUUCACUAAGGAUUUCUUAGUCAAUGUCAAGGAAGAAAAACUGAACAUAACUUUCACUCCAUCUCCUCUAAUUUCCAAUGCAUUUGCUUUUCUAAAUGGCAUUGAGAUCUUUUCAGUGCCCAACAACAUAUACUACCAAGGUUCUAAGUUUCCUGUUCCUUUCCUUAGGCAUCGGGAGCCAUUAUUUAUUAAUGAUGAAUAUGCUCUUGAGAUACUUUACCAAGUUUACAUCUUUAAUGAGUUUGGCUCUAAUGUUGAAAAUUAUUUUGGGACAUGGUUGAAUGAUUUCAACUACAUAUAUGGUUUACAAUAUGGAAAAGUCCUUAAUAUAAAAUCUCGUACCAUUAAAAUAAAUUCCACCACUUUGACUUCAAAGGACUACAAUUAUUCAGCGCCAGAAGAGCUAUGUUGGACUGCAAGGACCAUGGGUAGCAAUGGAGAUGCCAACACGAGAUACAAUCUAACAUGGUCUUUCCCUGUUGAUUCUGGAUUCAGAUACCUUGUUAGGCUUCAUUUCUGCGAGAUCUCCAUGGAGGUAACACAGGUCCAUCAAAGGGUGUUCAAGGUGUACAUAAACAACCAAACAGCAGAGGAGAGGAUGGAUGUAGUGGCUUUGGCUGGUGCACCAUUAACUCCUUUAUACAAGGACUAUGUUGUUACGGUUCCUAUGGAAAGUAGGAGAAGGAAAGAUAUGUGGAUCGCACUUCAUCCCAACUUGGAGUCAAAACCAAAAUAUGCUGACGCCAUAUUGAAUGGUAUUGAGAUCAUCAAGUUAAGUUCUAAUUAUAAUCUUGCUGUAAGUUUCCAACUGAAAGAGGAACAAAAGGAGAAGAAAGCUUCACAUGUCGUUGUUUUGGCUGGUUCUUUAGGUGCCAUUUUGGGACUGCUCAUUACAUUUUUCAUUGUUAUUCAUAGAAUUCGGAAAAAACUAAAGGGUAAAACUUCUCAGGUUCUUCCUCAAGUAACAGUGACCUCAAGUAAUUGCCAUCAAUUCACAUUAGAGGAGAUAAGAACAGCAACCAACAAUUUCAGUGAAGCUCUUGUCAUUGGGGAGGGAGGCUUUGGAAAGGUAUAUAGAGGGAUCAUGCAUGAUGGAGUUACUCCUGUGGCAGUAAAGCGCUCUAAUCCUACUUCUCGCCAAGGAUUUAAGGAGUUUCAAAAUGAGAUCAAUUUUUUCUCAUUUUGUCACAUGAAUCUAGUGUCACUAUUGGGCUACUGCCAAGAGAGCAAUGAGCUAAUACUUGUUUAUGAAUUCAUGGCUCAGGGCCCUCUUUGUGAUCAUUUAUACAAGAAACAAAAACAGCAAUUGCCUUGGGAUCAAAGACUAAAGAUUUGUGUUGGUGCAGCUCAAGGACUACAUUACCUUCACACUGGCACAAAGUACCCAGUGAUUCACCGUGAUAUCAAGUCAGCCAACAUAUUAUUGGAUCAGAAUUUGGUAGCCAAGGUUGCAGAUUUUGGGUUAUCUAGAAUAGUGCCCUCACUUUACCACACACAUGUUAGCACUGAGGUUAAAGGAACUAUUGGAUAUUUAGACCCUGAAUACUAUAAGAGGAGAAAACUGACAGAAAAAUCUGAUGUGUAUUCAUUUGGAGUGGUUUUGUUUGAAGUGUUAAGUGGAAGACCAGCCGUGAAUCCUGUGGCAGUGGAAGAGGAAAAUGAGAAAGUUGGGUUGGCCAUGUGGGCCAUGCAUUGUUAUCAGUCUGGAACCAUUGAUCUAUUAGUUGACCCGCAUUUAGAAGGAAAGAUUACGCCAGAAUGCUUGAAAGCUUUUGUGGAUAUUGGCAUUGAGUGCUUGGCUAAUAAGAAUGCAGAAAGGCCAACUAUGGGGGAAGUGCUUACUAAUAUGGAGAAGAUCCUUUCCUGGCAGGAGAGUUCAAAGGAACAAGAAAUCAGUACAAGUCGAUCUAUGCAUGAGAUUGUACUAGAGUAAUUUGAGUAAAUGAAAUGGCCAGGUCCAACAGAUGAAAAUGAUGGCUAAUGUAUUGAGUGUUUAAUCUAAAACCAAUUUUUUAUCACUCAAUGUCAUAAUAUUAUAGGAUUACUUCAUAUAAGAUCUUUUCCCUAUUU